CUUACACGAGCCGAGGAAGAGAGAUCGAGCAGAAUCGUCUAGAAAUUGCCUUUAUGUCGAGGAGGAGUUUUUUUUUCGGUUUGGCUCGAGAAUGAUUUUUUUUUUCGACCCUACACAAACCAAAGAUAAAUUCGACCCACUCACCACGUGACACGUGGCUAAGGAUUGAAUCCUUAAGUCCGCUGCGACGGACCAAUCCUUCGUCGAUUUAACGCUAAUAUUAGUAUUUAAUUACAAUUAUGCUUAAGGAUUUCUUUUAUGGACCGGGUGAAAUCCACCGUUGGACAUGGUCUUAUAAGAGAGCCUCUAUAGCCUUUUGUUCUUUGAUUAUUACGAGAUAAUAACGUGAGUUCCCUGACGAGCCCGAUGAUCCUCGUCCCUGGUUCAUGAGAACGAGUUUAGAUACUCUAAAAUUCCUCAUAUUCUAGCUUCAACUACACUUGGCAGGACAGACUUGCGGCAGAGUUUGAGCAUAUAUGUAUACCAAUUGGCAUCUCAUACGAGUCAUAUGACCACGUCUAGUCAUCAAGAUGAGAACAAAAAAAUCGCUUCUUAUAAAUUAAACGAUUUCUUACAUAUAUAUAUAUAUAUAUAUAUAGAGAGAGAGAGAGAGAUCCGCUAUAUGCAUAUUUAGUCAAGGCAAACGGGAAGAUUAUUGAUCAAAUUCAAGUUUUUUUCUUCAAAAAAGGUUUUUUCUUUCUUGGGCAAACGAUUAUAUUAAGGAUAAGAAACAAAACCAAAUUAUAUACCGGUUGUAAAAACUAUACUGAUUUCCAUUUAAUAAAUAUAAAAUACAUUUACGUUCCAAUAAAAAAAUAUAAUGUACACUAUGGAAACAAAACUCAUCAGCAAAAAUAUCAAAGUGUACUAUAAAUUACGGAAACACAUUGAUCAAUUUUACUCUUGAUUCGGUUCCACAAAUUUGUUUUAUUUAUUUUCUUACGUUUGAGGUUUGAUGCUAUAUAACUAUAUAUAUUUGAUGUACCGAAGACGACGUCGCCACGGUAGAUAAGCCUAUCAAUUUUCUAGCAGUUUUCUGAUUAUUACUAAAUAGUAAAUACUAAACAUUUUUGUUGACCACGAAAAAAGGUAACAACAUUUGCAUGUAUUUAUCUCUUUUUUUUUUUUGCAUAUAGCCUUAAAAAAAUAUUUUGCAUGUACCCGUUUUAAGAAAAGAAGAAACAUAUUGCAUGUACUGUGUUUCAAUUUACAAAAUCUGUAAAACAUGUAAGAAGCAUUAAAGUUACUGGGAUGGCGACAUCGACAUGACAUAUUAACAGUAAAAUCGACAUUUGUAGUUAGCAACAGAGAAAAGGAAUAUCUGAACGCACAAGGAAUCUUCCUUCAUUUUGAACUUUUAAAAACAAUGUCGUAGUGCGAUCAAAGGGCAUCCCGGUAAGCAAAUAUUUAAAUAAAAAAGGAAUUUCCUACAAAUUUUCCUCUAUAAAUUCUUCAAUACCCAAAACUAAAGUUUUCAUAGUUGAACUUACAACAAUACAAGUGAGAAAAACAGUAAUAAGAACAAAGAAAAAUGAGGGCGACACCAAAAGUAGAACUAUGGAAGUCACCAAUACCAUACCUCUUUGGUGGUUUGUUUUUGCUUAUUUUGCUUAUAGCUUUAGCAUUACUCUCAUUGGUCUGCACAAACAAAAAGACUCCUUCGUCUUCAUCUUCUUCUAAUGACACCAAUCCUGUGGGCGAAGAGGACGACACCGGAGACAACAAAUCUAAGAUUAUUAUGGUAGAGUACUUACCUAAGAUCGUAGUGAUUUUGGCCGGAGAGGAUAAACCUAGUUGCUUGGCUGUUCCGGUGAUCCCUCCACCGUCUUCCAUUUAUCCUUGUAACUGCGGCAAUGUUACUGUCGUCUCAACCUAACUCAGUUACGUCUCUUUUUUCUUUUGCCAGAACAAAGAAUAAGAGAUUUCAACUUUUGUAAUAAUCAUCGGCAAUUUUGUAGUAGUCGACUGUUUUUGAUGGGUGGUAGACUGGUAGUCUGGUAGUAUAGAUAAAGUUUUGUUUAAUGCUUUCUUAUGAACUGCAAAAGUUUUGUUUAAUCUUGAGAUUACUAUCGAAUAUAUUUGGAAUAGCCUAUGAAUUAUAUAUCUCUUUAAUACGAUGUUAAAACUUUAGAAUAUGUACUUUGUCUUUUUAUGGUUUUAAGAUCUUUACUACAACGUAUGACCAUAUGUUCGGUUCGAAAAUUGCAAAUGACUUAUACGGUGCCAAUUAUCAGUGAUGAUCGUUUUAGUCUGCGACUUCUCCGACAAUGUUGUUCAUCAGCAAUAAUGGCAAGCAACAACACUAUGGGCUAGUAGAAAGCUACUAAUUACAUCUUCUUCUUUUUAGCAAGUAAUUACAGACCAUGGUUUAAUGGUAGUGGACCUAUUGGCUAAAUAACAGUAAAAUAAUAUUAUAAAUGAUAAAAAGGCAAGCUUUUUGCUUUGAUGUGGCAUUUUUGUUAAGAAAAUAUAAUAAUGCAUUUGAUAACUUUCACAUUGAUUGGCGUCUAUUGGUGGACGCCGCGGCCUGAAAACGCAAAGAGUUGGACGGUCCAAAGUGGAUAUUACUUUUGCUUUUGUGUGGCUAUUAAGUGGUCGCCACUCUUUUCUCAAGUGCACUUUAAUUAUGCUGCUUAGGCAGAUAGGUUUUUAUUAAAUUAUGUAACUGUUGGUAUUGGUAACUAUAAAACUGUAUAUAGUGAAAAUAUACACGCUCUUUCUUUUUCUGAAACACAAGAACUAUAUUUAUUUAUUUAUUUAAAAUAAUAACAUUACUAAUAAUAUCAACUUUAUACUCCCUCUGUUUCAUUUUAAUUGUCAUUCUAGGUUUAUGCAUACGGAUUAAGAAAACAUAUGAUUUUGUAUAUUUUCAAAACAAAAAUAUAAUUAUCUAUACACCUAACCAUUUUUCACCCAAUAGAAAAGUUAAAUUGAAGAAUUUUAUUAAUAAAUUUUGUAUUGAAACUCUAAAACGACACUUAUUUUGAAACAAUUUUUUUUUCCUACAACGAAAACUAAAUCGAAACGGAGAGAGUAUGAGUUAACCAAUCAGAAAUAAUGGAGUAAAUUAUUAUUAAUCAACCUAUUUUCAGUAAAAUUAAAGUUCUCUUAAAAAUAUAUACACACCUUAUAUUUUGAAAAAUCAGUUUUUUGUAAGACAUUUUAUAGGGGACGGAAGGAGUAAUAUAUAAGUUGCUACUUUCAAAACAUUACAGAGUUGAUUAGGUUAGACUUAGUCCAAAAGACAAGUGGGUUACCGCGACUUAACCUUUUAAAAGUUUUUCAAAGCCAUCAAACUGUUGAUGGUUAUAUUUUGAUACCAGGAGCUGGUCGUGACAAUAUAUAAUAUACAAAAGAAACUGUAGGCCUGCCCCUGAACUAAAAAUAAAAAGAAAGGGAUGAAGCAUAAAGGUUAAAGAAAUGAACGAAGCUUAAAGGUUUAGAACUCUGCACAAACUAUUCUUCACACCAGCUGGCUUUUGUAAGCAAAUGAUGAGCUUUUUCUCAAAACAGCCCGUCAAAAUAUUUAUGGUCUUUGAAUGGUUUAUCUAUAUACAGCUACUGUCGAUAAUGGUAUCUAUGUAUGUUUUCCCUACCAAAUGUUUUUUUAUCAUUUUUGAAUUAAUAUUUAAAUAACCGUGACUUACACGAAGCCGACAAAGAUACAAAACCUUUUUGGAGCCAUAAGCCGGUGCGGUAAACCUUACCAACCAGUGCCAAAACUAAACAUAACAAAGAUUACACCAUUUAAACUAAAACAAGAAAGGGAGAGAUCACUAAGGCUUCUGAAACAUACAACCCGUGAGCAGAAGUGUGAAGGACAACGAGUAGAGAAGCUGGAAUAAACGAGAAAGCAUU